GGCAUUUCGAUGUUCAGCACAGAGGCAAUGCAGUUUCGUGUGUAUUAUUCUAUGUGAAAAUCUUCUUGUUCGCGACAGCGUCGAUAGCUCGACAUUUUUCGAUGUGCAAACAAGUGCAAUGCAAGCCUAAAGACACAGAAGGAGACGGGGAAGAGACGAGACGUGUGUUACCAUGGAAACAGUACAAGUUCACGAGGUUGAGAGUGGGCAGGAAAUUACAUGUACGUCUGAGGAUACCCAACAAAUGGACGGAAUAGGAGAGGUCACUGAAGUGCAGGUGGAGGAAGUGCAGGAUAUUGAAGAUGUAGAGGAAGAUGUCCAACAGACAGAAGAAGAGGUCAAUAUGAAUGAAGUACAUGGCAUGGACCAUGGGGCAAUACAUCAGAUGCAAGUCCAAGGUGUACAUGGGUUACAUGUGGGUGCUGGUAAUAUGAACCAGAUCUCUGAUGUGAACAGCCUUGACCACUCUGGGGUUCAUCCACAGGUCCUUCAGACUGUCCAGUUACCGUCCGGUCAAAUACAGCACAUCGCCAUGACCUCCAUGCCACAGCAGGUGCUUGGGUCAGUGGGCACCAUGGGUUCACAUCAAGCCACUCCAGUCGAGGCGUACAAGGUUCAACAAGUUCAAAUCAACGAUCAGACAGUGGAGCAGUUGGUACGAGUUCAGACGUCUGCAGGGACGACGGUCACCACGAUAGAUGCUGCAACGGCCGAGAGGCUGGUGAAGUUGAGAGAAGAAGACCUGAUCAAAUUCUCUGCUGCUCAGGGUAUAACCCAGGCUCAGAUGAUGGCCAAGCCCGGCAUCACCGCACCACGACCUAUUGAAUUGUGUGCAGUCUGUGGAGAUAAAGCCUCAGGUCGGCAUUAUGGUGCCAUCAGCUGCGAAGGCUGCAAGGGCUUUUUCAAGCGCAGCAUACGCAAGCACCUGGGCUACACGUGCCGCGGGAACAAGGACUGCCAGAUCAUCAAGCACAAUCGAAACCGCUGCCAGUACUGCCGCCUGCAGAAGUGCCUCGACAUGGGCAUGAAGUCGGACUCAGCUGUACAGUGUGAGAGGUCUCCCCUGAAGACCAGGGAUAAGCCACAAGGAAACUGCGCUGCAUCAACCGACAAGAUCUACAUCAGGAAGGACAUCAGAAGUCCUCUGACCGCCACACCGACCUUCGUCACAGGCAGUGUCCUGGCAGGAGGUGAUAUGAAGAGUCCACAGAGCACAAGGCAAGGUCUGUUUGAUCAAGGCAUCCUCUUGAAUGUUCAGACUACCCCUACGACGUCACCGUCGGCGUCAACCUCGGAUUCAACCACGGAUCUCAGCACUUUAGCCAGUGUCGUCACAUCCUUAGCCAAUAUGAACAAGAAGACAGAAGAGGGCCCUAGUCACUCACAACAGAUAUAUUCUCCAUCUCAGACCCUACAAAUCAUAUCAAAUGGUGACCAGGAUGUUCAAGGAGGGGACAAUGUAUCAAAGGCUUUUGAUGCUCUUACCAAGGCACUCAAUACAUCAGGGGACUCGGAAGCAGGGGAAUUAAGUAUCGACCAAUCAGCAAAUGGAGGCUCAUCCGAUGUAGAACUGGUGAAACUUGAUUCGCCCAUGCUCUCGGAACAUCACAUGCAGUUCAAACUGACCACACCCACCCCAAUGCCCCAAUUCCUCAAUGUUCAUUACAUCUGUGAGUCUGCAUCAAGACUACUCUUCCUCUCCAUGCACUGGGCUAGGAGUUUACCGGCCUUUCAGGUUCUCAGUGCUGACACACACACAUCAAUGGUGCAGAAAUGUUGGAGUGAGCUGUUCACGUUAGGAUUAGCCCAGUGUUCCCAAGCAAUGGCACUAUCUACCAUUCUCACAGCAAUCGUAAACCAUUUACAAACAAGUUUACAACAAGAUAAACUUUCAGCUGACAGAGUGAAGGCAGUGAUGGAACAUAUCUGGAAGCUUCAAGAGUUUGUAACGACGACGUCAAAAUUAGACGUGGAUAAUAAUGAAUUUGCGUACCUCAAGACCAUUGUACUUUUCAGUCCAGAUCAUCCUGGUUUGAGCAAUGUACGGCAGAUUGAGAAAUUCCAAGAGAUGGCCAUAGCAGAGCUUCAUGACUACGAGGCGCACACCUACCCCUCUAAACUCAACCGCUUCUCCAAACUGCUGCUCCGCUUGCCCACCCUGAGGCUCCUCAGUCCUGCAAUCAUGGAAGAAUUGUUCUUUGCCGGUUUGAUCGGAAACGUUCAGAUAGACAGCAUCAUCCCGUAUAUAUUGCGGAUGGAAACAGCCGACUAUAACUCUGCACAGAUUACGAUGUCUGCGUCUCCGUCAUCGUUAAACGGUUGACCUUAAGAAGGGUAGUGCAAGGGUAACUUUACCCGGAGGACCAAAUAUGGACUCGUUCUUGAACAAAGUGGCAAGGAGCAGAAUCGACGUCAAAUGCAAGCAGACAAAUGCAUCUUUUGAAGAUACCAUAGAUUCACAGGAUUCUGCAUCUUGAGUAGUCAGAACUUGUAAUCAUCAAACAAAUACCAAGACUUUUGCCAGAUCAACAAAUGCUGGCACUGCACAGAGCUUUUGAAAGUUCACUAGUUUGUGAUUUAUACAUUCUUUCUGUUUUUAUUUUAUUUUUAUGUUCAUGGUAUCUCGUGGAGAAUCUGAGGGUAAUUCUUUACCUAUUGAAGUGCAUUAUGUACAUUUCUAUUAGAAUACAGUAAUAUUCUUGUCAAUAUUUCUCUUUCAUUUCGAUUGAUAUUUACUUUGCAUUUAAAUGAGAAACUAGUACCUCUGUGAUGCUAUCACAUCACACAGAAUCAUGUGACUAUACCGACUCUAACAAAAAACACAAUUGUUUUCAAAGUUAAUAUCUAUUUACUUUACUUGAAGUCUCAACCUGUGUUUCGGUUUGUUUGUUGAUUUUUUUUUGGGCGGGGGGUUGUACUUCAGAAAUCUAUAAUUGCUAUACAAUGUCCAAACAGUGGUAUUUAAACAGAUUGCAUGUUCAGUCUGUUCUGAUGCACACAUUCGAAGGUAAAAUAUCGUUCAUUCGUCAUCACCGUUGAACAUACUAUCUGUAAUGCGUCAUUUUCAAUUAUCACUUGACGAUUGAUGAAUUUUUAGUGCAUGGAAUUCAUGGAUUGUCUAUGAUGAAAUUACAUUAUCUAUUAACAUUCCUUGUAAUUUGGGGUCUGGUGUCAAAUGUUCCUUGCAAGCGUCCCAUUCUUUGUUCGUAGGUAUGUCUUUUAAUCACAUUCACUAGCAUGUAAUGCAUGAAAGAUAAGCUACAUCAUCUGUCACAUUAUUCAUAUAUUAGACAUACACCAAAUAGAUUCAUCAACACAAAGCUUUAUCUAGGUGGGUAUUUCUUUGUUAUUUAUUAGAAGAUAUUUGUUAUAUACCAGGGGAAGGUCUUUUGUCCAGCACUUGAUAUAUCUUUUAAGUUAGGCCAAGUAUUUGAUAAAUGUGUAUAUUUGUUUUGUAAUUUUCAUGAACUUGUUUUAGAAUACCUUGAUAAGAUUACAUUUGUGGAAUACUUCAUUAUUAAAUUCAAUGAAAUUUUGAACAUAAUGAAAUUAAAUUUUAGAUAUUGAUAAUGGCUAAUUUCAGCUUUAACUUAAUAGUGGACAAGCAAAUUAAUUGUACUGUAUGUUUGGCAUGGUUUAUAGGCAUUUAUUCUCUUACCAGUUUUGUCUAAUUCUUAGGUCAUCUUGAACACUACAUGGAUAAACCCUAUCCCCAUUAUCAAUUUGGUAUUAUUAUCGUUCAUCCCUUCGUCACUCGGAAUCCUUCUCAAUUCAUCUGAUGAUAUAAUGGCAUAACUGACACUGUCAUUAAUUUUUCUCCCUAUUUUACAUGAUAGCCCAGUCGAUAGAGCAGUAGAUACUGAUUCAGAUGACUCGGGUUUGAUUCCCACUCGAUGCGAUAGAGCCCUUUGGUGAGGCAAUAAUCCUCAUUGCUAGGUCCCUCAGAGAAGACUCCAAGCCAUAGGUCUUCUGGUUUCUUACUUACAAGCAUGCUUUCUUAGCAAUCUGGUAGAAAAAAAAAAUCAUCACCAGUAUAUAUAAUUUGUGUCCAUUAUUGAGUUACCUAAUGAGAUAGACUAGUUGGUGUUCAACCAGGUGAAUCGUACACAAAACAUUAAAUGCCCUUUGUGGACCAAGUGAGUAGAAGGCCAAAUUUGUGUAACUCUAAAAAAAAGGUAAAUGGGGUAAUUUGACAAAUUUUUUACAAGAUAAAGUGGUUGUACAUGAAAGGAGAUUAGAACAUGUGAAGUGAGACCAAAUGUGUAAUACAUAAAAUUUAUUUAAACCAAGUUGAAGGGGGUUUUUCACAAACACUGCACUUGCAUUCCCAGUUGCAUAUGUUAUAUAAUUCAUUUUCACAUUGAUCUAAAACAAAACCACAUAGAACAUGUAUUGCCGAGUGAUCAAUGAUGAGAUCAAAACUUUUUAAAUAUUAAUAUUUGAAUUCCUAUCAUGUGGUUCUCUCACUUCUCUAAAUAGGAAAUGUAUGAAUAUUUGAACGGAAAAUGAUGUUAAAGAUAUAAAUUUAAAGAUAGAAAAUUAUUUGAGAAAUGAUUCACUGAAUAAAGCUUUUUUUUUCUAUGGUAAGUUCUAACCAUUGAAAAUACUAUUGGUGUCGGCAGUCUCUCCACGCCAAACGGAACUUUUAUUCUUCAGCAAAUCUGAAUGGAAUUCUUGAUUUGCUGUAAAAGAAUAUGCUCACUUAUAAGCCCCCAAAUCACACCCUACAUGCAGAAAUUAUGCAAAGCAAUACUUUGGAUGCCUUUUGGUUGGUGAUGGUGAAAACACAACUACAUUUUGAAAUCCUUUUUAUUUAAAGAUGAACGAAUCAGGGAAUGCAUGUUGAAUUGUCAAAGCUUGGUUUAUACAAUUAAUAUGGUUCAAGGGCUGUAAAAAAAAUGUUUGUAUGUCUUUUUUAUACGGUUUCAUAUCUCUUUCAUCUCACCAAAGUCUGGAAUUAAAUCGGUUAUUUGUUUGUGUGUGUACAUACUCUUUGCCAUUGUUUAAAUUAAUCAAACCUUUGAUGGCUAUCUUAUAGCAUCUACAUGUAUAAGGGAUGUUAUUAGAGACUGGGAUGUCACUUUUCAUGUUUAAGCUUGAAUUUAGAUGCUGGCAUUAGAUUAUGCUAUAAUUUACCUUUUAAGCAUGAUGACUGGGGAUAUAUAACUACCCCGGGUAGUUCAUCAGCUGGAAUGAAACUUAUUACAUACAUGUAUGUGGAUGUUGGAUCAUGAAUUGCAAACACAAGUAACAUUUGUUUGAGCAAAACUUGGUUCAAAAUGGCUAAAAUAUGUGAAAUACAACCAUCCUCUCUCAUAUAUACAUGGGUCUCGUACAAAGCCGCCGAUAUGAAGAACCAAUGCGAUUUCCAUUCUUGCAAAUAUGUGAGAUCUGUGUGCCUAUUCAGUGUGGGAAGAUUGUCACAGAAAGGAUCAGUGCUGAAUACGCUGUAAAUGUUGAUCUGAUUGGUUCCAAGUCAGUCUUUUGAGCAAAAUGCUCGUACAUCGAUGAUCGCUAACAUAUGUGUUACGGGCCAAGUUUAUGUGAGUGAAAUAUCAAAUAAUGUCUUGCAUGGAUGUUUUCGUGGAAUUUAGAUUAUAUAAGACCGCUUUGGUCAGUUUUUGCCAAGUUAGCUGAAGCUACCGAUACUCAUACCCACUACCCUAUGGAUGGCGACUAGGCAAAAGCCAGGGUGUUAAAUUAUGAACACCUUUAGCUCACUGUGUUGCGGGUACAAGUGAUAAAUUUUGUCGUUUUUUAUUGUAAUUUAUAUCAAGCUGUGCACUAUUUUUCUUUUGUGGGUUAUCUAUUUGGCGCUGUGACGUAAAGCUACUUUUAUAAAGCUGUAAUCCUGCAAUUUGAUUAGCCAAGAGAAAAUAAAUCACAGAUUUACAGCACUUUUUAUUGCUGAAAAUGUUUUGUGAAACAGGACUCUGCUCAUUUCUAAUAGGUAUCAGUAAAGAGCCGUGUUUUCAGGCAAAUCAAACUAUUCAUAAUCUGAUCUUGUACUUCUAUUAAAAAAAAAAAAAUACAAUAAUUUUUGCACAAAUCCUGGGCUCUUUGCAUUAUCAAUAACAGGCUCAAUAGAUGUAUAGUAACAUCAUUUGUAAAAAGCCACCUCUAUUUCUAUCAUAUGUAAACAAAUUGCAAUUACACAAGUACUAUCAAUGCAAUAUGAGUAAGAAACCCAGGGCCUAAUGGCUGUGGGUCCUCUCAGAGGGACUCUGAGUAAUAAGUAUCAAUUCUUACUGAAAGGACAGUGACCCAUUUGAUAAAGUUUUGAACUUAGCUUAGCACCUAUAAAUUACAAUGCCACUACAAUAACACUAAAUCUAAAGUGUAUUAUACUACAUUUCAUUAUAUGGGUGUAUCUGAAUUAGGAUGAAUAGUUUAAAUGUCAUGGAAGAAAACCAUAUAGUAUUUUUUUUGGGGGGGGGAUUAAAUGCCAAGUUUAGCCAUCCAACAUCAAUUUAAAUAAUAAAGAUGUACUUGAAUGAUAAUGACUCACUUUGUAUUUGAUUUAGUAGGGCUCACAUCAUUUUGAAUAAUACAGGGACUGAUUUUUUUUUUUAAUCAGAUAUUGUAAUGAAACGUUUGCUUAAUUAAAUGUUUUUCUUAUGUCAGGAUUUAUAUUUAUCUGUUUUGGGUUUUGGGAGUUCAAUGUCAACAAGUAUACCUACCUGCUGUCUCUCUGACAUAGCAGUGCAAUUAAUAUGCACUUUUAUGAUCAAUUUAAUCAUGUUUCCCAUAUUUUCUUUUUUAACCCUGUCCAUUAUGUCUAAGAUUGAUAUUGUUUUAACAUGGAAUAUGUAAAUUCCAUGAUGUUUUUAUUAUUAUUAUUAUUCGUAAUAGUAUAAAUUCAUAGCUGAAUGAAACUAGGUGAAACAAAACAUGUCUGCGUAGCUAAUUAUCAAGAUGUUAAGCAUCAACUCAAACAGUCCCAUUGCAUUUGAAGUCCCAAAAUUUAAAUGUUCAUCUGAAAAAUCUGGUUUUAUAAAGCUCCCGAUAUCUAUAAGCCAGAAUAGAUAUUUCUAAGAACCCAGUUUAGAUGUCCAGAUUGGGACAUAGAAAUUAUACGGUAUGGUCAAGCGUAAAUGCUGAAACCCCAAGAAUUUUUUUUCUACCACUCCCUUUCUUUUACCUUUUGAAUUAUGUUACUGACAUUGUUUCGAUUUACAUUUUGACAUGCACAUUGAAAUUAUAUCGAGUACAAAGUAAAUUGAUGAGAUAUCUGUGCAGCUGAAAUAACUUUUUGAGGCAAAAUUUUGAAAUUGAGGGUGGAAAAAGAUCUGGCAUGAAAUUUUUAUGAUGGAUUUUUAAAGUCUCCAAAAUAUUUAUAUAUUUUCUCUCUCUCCUGAUGUGUAGUAUAUGUAGCAGGCGUGUACAUAGCUCUCUUGAUAACAGCUCAGAUUUUGUUAUUUCAUUUUUUUUUAUUAAUGAUUUUAAAUCAGGUGUAGGAUUUGCUGUUUGUGAAUAUGUUAACUACUCUCGCUAUUCUACGUUAACUUGUGCUUGACAGGUUGUUUAUAUUUGGUUUUUGUGUAUGUACAUAUUGUCUUCACACACACACACAAACAAAUUGAUUAUGAAUGCUGUGAAUAUAUUCUAUGAAUUGAUCAUGCAAUCUUGUCAGUGGAAUAAAUGCUUGAUAAAAGUAAAAAAUA